AUGGGUCCACGGACCUCGGCCUUAUGGCCGGCCGGUCUCCUUCUCGCUUCAGGGGGGGGGCUUUUCUUUGCUCCAGGAUUCCUCUGCCCUAGCGGCGUCAGCAGUCCCAGCACCGGCCGAGUGGGACAGCGUGGAGCGGCUUGGUCUUCGUCGACACCACGCAGCUUUCAAAGCUUUAGCUCGGGGGGCAGCCAGACGGUACUGCUGGCUGCUGCAUGCGUGGCAGCAAGCGCGUGCCGUGUGUUCAGGCGUACGCAGGACAAACAGCUAGCACCCUGCCACUUGGGUCACGUCACGGCGGUUGCCCCGCAGGACCCGGUGGCUUCUCCUGCUUUUGCUGGUGCCACUGCAGUUGACAAGGUUACCUCAUCUCGGUCCAAGGUGGCACGGCGCAGCCUCUACAGCUGCUAUACGCUCUACUUUCGUCGAUGGAGGUAUUAUGAAGACCGUGCGCGUCGCAAUCUUCGCAACCGUGCAUACAACAUUUUCAUGAAGAACAAAUACAAGAAAGCCAUGAAGAAGGUGCUUCGUUAUACCGUCGAGUUGAUAUAUGGGGACAAACAGCCGGCCAGCCAUCAAGAGGUCAUGGAUGAGGUCAAGGAGAUGCUUGACGAGGCGUGCGAAGUGAUUGACGAGGUGACGGUCCAAGGAGUUCUGCAUCGCAACACAGCGGCCAAGCGCAAGGACCGCAUGUUCCGCGCGAUCCUGCGCGGAUCAGAGAAAAAGGGCCUCAUUACCCGUCCAUCCGUCGAAGAGGAUCCCCAGAAUCGGUUCUUGCCUGCCUACAAGAUCAUUGGCUACGAGCUGCCCGAGUGCAACUACGUCCGGGAGCCUCGUCCUUGGCAACUGCCUGGCUGGAAAUCUCCGUGGAUGUUGAAGUGGGAGUGGGAGAAGUGGAGGAAGCUCACCGGCCGGAAGUGA